UAUUUGUUCGAGUCCUCUGGUAUCCCGUCAUCAUGAAGACAGAGCGCGCCGCGCACACUGAGCAGUGCACAUGCUUUCACUCAGCUAGUAUUUUAACAAACUCACACUUAGCCAAGAUGGCGGAUUCCGAUUCGUGGGACGUUGACAACUUCGAGCCAAGUGAGCCGCUGAAAAACGCCGCCGGGGUGCUGGUGGAUAAGUGGGAAGGCGAGGACGAGGACGAAGACGUGAAGGAUAACUGGGACGAUGAGGAAGAGGAGAAAGAGGAUGAGCAGAAGGUUGAACAGAACAAAACAGAAGUGAAACCACCUGAGAAGAAAAAAUUAAGUGCAAAAAUAAAAGAGAAAGAAAACAUGGAAAAGAAAAAGCUAGAAGAGUUGAAGAAUAAGGAAACACAAAUGAGUUAUCAACUAUCACCAGAGGAGCAGCUAGCAGAGAAGCUGCGGCUAAAUAAAUUGCAAGAGGAGGCAGACCUGGAAUUGGCCCGUGAGGCUUUUGGUCUCGAUACUACUGUUAAUAUGACAAACAAUGUCUCUGGAAUUGAAGCCAUGUGCCCCUCAUCAAAACAAGAUUUUGUUGCGUUUGAAAAAUUACUGAAAGAAAAGUUUACACAGUUCGAAACAUCUGUCCACUAUUCAAACUUUUUGGAAUCACUGUUUAGAGAGCUUUGCAUUUCAUUGGAAGUAGAUGACCUGAAGAAAAUAAGUAGUUCUUUGUCGGUUCUGCUUAGUGAAAAACAAAGACAAGAAAAGGAAAAGAAGGCAAACAAGAAAAAGAAGAAAGGUGUAACCCCUGGUGGUGGUAUGAAGGCAAACAUGAAAGACAACUUGGUUGAUUAUGGUGCCUUUGAUGGUGGCUACGGCAAUGAAUAUGAUGAAUUCAUGUGACAAAGGUUCAUUGUCCUCCUUCCCCAUUCACACAGUUCCCAGACACCCCUGUACUCUUCAUGCUACUCAGUGCCAUAUUGGAGUGAAAUGGACAAUGUAUAAAACCUUUUUACUUGGUUUUGAGUGGUGACGGACUCCUCAUAAAGCUGCUAUCACCUUAUUGUCCCUUGGUGACAUGUGGGCAAAGCAAAUUUCUUCAGAUGACCUUGAAAUCUUAUUUUUAUCUCCAAAACAGAGACUAUAUGAUGUGGGACUUCUCUGGAGGUGUCUCCUCGUAUUGGCCUAAACAAGAAAGUCAAUGCCUUAUAGAGAACUUUGUUAAAAAAAUACCUUUUGAUUGAAAGUGACUUGUGUUUUUAAAGCUGUGCAAUUUCAGUUACACAGAAGUAAAUGUGAUGCCCCUAUUUCUUCCAUGAA